GACGUCCAGGGUGGGCGCCGGGCUGUCCGGCGGGCGGGCGGUGGGAGAUGGCGGAGUAUCUGGCCUCCAUCUUCGGAACAGAGAAGGACAAGGUGCGGAGGAUUUCCCCGACUGCUGCAUCCUGAUCCUCAGGCUUCUGCCUGCAGCCUUCCACGCGUCGGGAACGCCUCUAGUUUCUCUGGUUGUUGGAAGCGUACUUACAAAACCCUCCUAUCGAAAAUUUGGUCACCGUCGGCCUGACCAAACCAACGUGUUUUUCCACUCGUAAAAAUGAAAGGGGGCAUCGAUGUGCUGCUGGACUAAAUUACUCUUGUCAGCCUCUGGCCAUGGGGCUUCUGUUUUCUUUCUACUUUUUAGUGCUACAAGCUGGUUCCAAUUUGCUCGUCUGUCAGAAAAGCAGUAUCUGCAGCCUCUCUUGAGCUCUGUUACUUAGCAUCCUUUAUGAUAGAAUGCAUUACCAUUUUAACAGUGUUAGUAAGUGCCAAUACAGCGAGCAUGAAGUUCCUGUACUGGUCUUUGUAUUCAAAAAGCAAGCAGACCUCUCCAGAAAAUGUGGAAAUUGGAGGCAGUAUUGGAAAUUCUGUAGUUAGGUAUUUCUUUUAUUUCAGGAUAGAGUUCAGAAAAGACAAGUCAACUGUUCAUUUUACUUCAAAAUUGGAGCUUGUCGUCAUGGAGACAGAUGUUCUCGGUUGCACAACAAACCAACAUUUAGCCAGGAAGCGAUGCUGUUGUAAGCUUGCCUGUAGUAGAGACCAACCAGUGCUAACUUUCAGACAACUUGAUUUUAAGAAGAACGGUACAAAUACCAUCUUGAUUCAAAACAUCUAUCGUAACCCCCAAAACAGUGCACAGACGGCUGACGGCUCACACUGUGCUGUGAGUGAUGUUGAGAUGCAGGAACAUUACGAUGAAUUCUUUGAGGAGGUCUUCACAGAAAUGGAAGAAAAAUAUGGUGAAGUUGAGGAGAUGAACGUCUGUGAUAACCUUGGAGAUCAUCUAGUUGGAAAUGUAUACGUAAAGUUUCGGCGUGAAGAAGAUGCAGAAAAGGCUGUGAUUGACCUGAACAAUCGCUGGUUUAAUGGACAGCCCAUUCAUGCUGAGCUUUCACCUGUGACCGAUUUCAGAGAGGCCUGUUGUCGUCAGUAUGAAAUGGGAGAGUGUACACGAGGAGGUUUCUGCAACUUUAUGCAUUUGAAGCCUAUUUCUCGAGAGUUGAGACGUGAGUUGUAUGGACGUCGCCGUAAAAAGCAUCGAUCCAGGUCGAGGUCCCGUGAACGUCGGUCUAGAUCCAGAGAUCGUGGUCGUGGAGGUGGUGGUGGCGGAGGAGGACGCGAACGUGAUAGGAGGCGAUCAAGAGAUCGUGAAAGAUCUGGUCGAUUCUGAGCCAUGCCAUUUUUACUGUAUGUCUGCUAGAAAGUGUUGUAGUUUGACCAAACAAGUUCAUAAUGAGAUUUUUUUUAAAAAGAUGGGCUUCUGAAUAAAAAAUUUGUAGUGAUACAGUAUUCUUUGUGUAACUUGUUUCUUGUGGGGGGAGUCUUUUUAACUGUCAUUCCUCUAUCUUGACAAAUACCUGGAUUAACUAUGCCUGAGGGAAAGGUGGUAAAUGUUUUGGAGGAGCGCCAGUUUGGGUUCUUGGUUUGUUUUAUUUUCCCUUUGGGGUUUUUUGGGUUUUGUUUCUGGGUUUGUUUUUUUUUUUUUUCUUCUUAUUAAUUCAGGUAUAAUUUGAACUGUUGAUGAAAAUGUGUGUAUAUAAUAUAAAAUAUUAUAUACAUAGUAAAAAUAAUAUACUGCUUAAGAAACAGUUACAUAAGUUUCCCUUUUCUGCUAUGCUGUCUGCUUAUUUAGGUUAGUUUAGGCACAUUUAAAAGGAAGGCUGUGCGAAAUGCAUUUAUUUACUGAGUAGAAACGCUUAGUUACAAAAACAAAAUGUAUGUUUGUUUGUUACCAGAAGUCUGUGCUCUGUCUAUCAAUGUGACUGUGGCAUUUACAAUAAAUCAAAUUUCUUGAUGUAAAAUCUAAAGCCUAUUUUCUAAGCACUCUGGAGUAGUUUGAGUUACUACUCCUGGCUGUGCCAGAGUUGUAGUUCAGUUUGUUUGGUUUUUUUUUUCUAUGAUUCUUGACUAAAUUCCUUGCCUUUGAUUGGAAAGAAAGUUGCCUCUGUGCACUGUGGAAAAAAAAAUAAGGUUUUUAUUGCAAUUAUUUGUAAUAGGCAGGCGCAAGGGAUCUGUUGAAGGAAACUGAAGGUCCUAAAUGCAAGGACCAAAUUUCUGAGACUGAUUUUUUUUUUUCCCACUUUGAUGUUCUCAUACCUGUCAUUUAGUGAAAAGCAUUUUGUUAGUGUCCAGGGUCAUAGGAAAAUGAGUCAGUUGCUAGUGGGAAAUAUAUUUUUUGUCCACCUUCACUAGCUUUCUGGCAUUCUGAAGUGUGAUAAAAGCUAAUGAAUGCAUAAAAGUUUCUUCUCAAACAGAUCUUUCUGUCUGAAUUUUAAUUGAAUUGCACAAUAACUAUAGAUCACAGAUUGUGUAUUUCUGAGCAAGUUCCAAUUGAAAUGUUGCUGGGGCAUCUUGAGAUAAUUUGUACAAUGACUGACUUGCAGUCUAUCUUCAUGUCUGCUUUCAUUCAAAGUGUAACAGAAAUUUUAGCCUGGUCAUGUUCCUGCAAGAUACAGCUUCAUAUGCAUGAUGCUAUAUAAGGCAGUAUAGCGUUCCAAGGGGAGAAAGAAUUUACUAGUGUUUUUUAGUUCUGAGUCAGCUUGCUAAAUGAUAAAUCUACUCCUUGAUUCUACUUUUUAAAAUGAAAGAAGUAAGACUUUGGAAGCAUUAGAUAGCCAGACUAAGAAACUAGUUUAUGCCCCCAAAAGCAGAGAACUGUUUUGCUCACUAGAAUGUUGAGUUGGCAAGGAGAUCUGUUUUUAAAAGGAGCUUUGCUAAAUGGAUCUGCUUUGCAUCUUACACCAACUCAAUUCAAAUCAGUGGAUAUUUUGGCCAACCAAAUUGUGGAAUUUACUUUGCCAGUAAUUACAAGGGAAUGUAUCUCUCUUACAUGAAGAUGGCCUUGCUGCUUUAUGUUUUGUUGCAACUGUUGCAAGUUCAUAUAUCAAAUGAUGCUUUUUUUUCCACUGGAAGAAAUUGAGCAGUGCCUGGCAAUACAUGGCUGAACUGAAACCUGUAAUAUUUCUGCUAGACAUUAGGAAUUUAAUGUUGAUAAUUCAAUUCUCACAGAUGACAGGAUAUGAAUCCAGCUCCAUUUCCUCUUCAGUGAGAUUUAGGAUUGUUAGUGAAUUAAUUAAAAUUUCAAUUUCAAAAAGAUGAGAAGUCUUUCUGUUUUUAAAGCAGUGUCCAUCUUAAUGACUAUAUAAAAAGGCUUGAGAUCAUUUUUACACAGACACAGGCUGAUCUGCUCUAUAAGCAAGUUAGUUUUGAACCUAGUGUAAGGUGUCCCUGUGAUGGUUUUCAUUGGUUUAUCUAAAGCCUGUUAAACUGCAGGUAUAUUUUUGCAUGGGCAGACAGCAGAAGGUUAAUUUCUCCCUCUCUUCCCAAUGUAAUUUUUCUUCAGUAAGCCAAAUGCAUCAUUUUACAGUCUAAAUGCAUAGCUACCCCAAAAUUAACAAUGUAACUGGAAUAUGUCACAACAGGCACUGGAAGCAAUGCGUUUUACUGAAUAUUUGAAGGAAAAAAAACCCUUGUGCACUGAUCAUUACCUGAUUGUGUAAUGACUUCCUAAUGACAGCAUUCAGCAUAUAAACCAAACUCCUGACAUAUCUUAAGUUCACCUUUAAGACUAUACUGCCAGUAAAAUUCACCAAACUUGAAGUUUAAGCUGCACAAAUCGGGUUGAACAUUUAUGCAUGGCUGUACAAACUAUUGGUUUACUAAUGCAAACCAAGUGGAAAUCCUGCCUCCCCCUUUUACUGUUCGCAGUGUCUUAAGAAUUUGUUUUGGUUUGUUUUUUUCCUCUCCUCCCCAAGGCACCUACUUCUCAGAAAUAUUUCAUUGUUGACUCUUCUGUUAAACAGUGGAUCUUAAUUUAUGGAAUUCCUUUUACCUCAAAUAAGUGACAGCAUACAGUAUUUUCUGAAGUCUUGAGUCAGAUUGAAACUGUUAAUCCUAAGUGGCUUCCUCUUUGUAUUUGGCUCUUAUUCUGUGAAAAUGCUGCUUGUCCAUGAAUAUGAUGUAUGUUGAGACUGUAAAACCAAAUGGAGAAAACUUGUUCAAAAUAAAGCCUUUUUUAUAAGAAUCUGACAAAAAAA